GCAUGUAGGGCAUGUGGCAUUGAAUGGUAGAGAAAUAACUCAUUCUUCCAUCGUUUUGGCUUUUGCUUUUUGAUGCCACGAUCCUGCACGCAUUCGGAUGUUCCCUUCCGUUUCUCCAUUUUCGUCCCUUACGCUUAACUCACGUUCUAUUUCAUUGAAUUUAAUUUAAUUUUUCUGUUAUUUCUGUUGAUGAUCAAGUGAAGAUGAUGAUCAGCCUGAGCAAUCUCUCUUCCACCGCCAUUUCUGUCAUUCACCGAUGUGCUCUAAAAUUACACACUUCGGAAGAUGCUUUGCUGGAAGAAUACCAAGGAGUAUGGAGACCAGAGAUGGGCGAGUAUUCAAGGAAAUUAGUGGAGUACUGCUGUUCAAAAGCUUUAAGACAUGGACCAGCUUGUGGGAUAGAAGAAUCUAUUAGUGAUAGCUCCUUUAGCCGCUUGACAUUUGAUAUGAUGCUAGCUUGGCAGAUGCCAAGUUCUGCCGAUGAAAGUGCAUUCAAAGAAUCUGUGGGUAAAGAGAAGGAAGAGAAGAAACUACUUAAAGUUUCUCCACCCCAUGAAGAUGUGUCAUUAUUCUAUUCUGACAUCAUGCCUCUUCUUGUUGAUGAUGGACAAGCUGUUGAGGAAGAUUCUUUUGUGUGGUUUGUGUCGAUCUUCCCUUUGCCUGGAGAUAUUGUCAAUGGUAGAUUCAUCUUUGAAACACUUACGGCACCUACAGCUAACCUUUUUUAUUAUCCAGCUUAUGACAGGUUUCUCACGGAAAUUGACAAGUGCAUGAAACACCUGCAAAAGCAAGAAACUCCAAAGGGGGCGCAAUUUGCUGAGGAUGAAUAUAUAUUACAUGUUGAGGGAACUGCAAAUAGCCAACGAGUGAUACGCCAUAUUGGAGGAACAAGCUGGCCAGGCAGACUGACACUUACAAAUUAUGCUCUAUACUUUGAGGCCAUGGGGUCUGUCAAUUACGAAGAUUCAAUAAAAGUUGAUCUCUCAACAAACGCUGAGCAAAGUGUGAAAGCAGCUAGUACAGGUCCAUGGGGCGCUCCACUUUUUGACAAAGCCAUGCUAUAUGAGUCAUCUGAACUGACAGAAGGCAUAUUGCUGGAGUUCCCAGAAUUAACCAGUUCUACUAGACGGGAUCACUGGAUCGCCUUAACGAAGGAAAUUAUUUUAUUACACCAGUUCUUAUCCAAACAGGAGUCGCUGUCUGCAAAGCAAAAGUGGGAAAUGAAUGCGAGGACAAUUUUAGGCAUCAUAAGGCUCCAUGGGGCAAGAGAAAUGCUAAGAAUGGCUCCUCCUUUACCACAAAGUUUUUUGAUCUUUACAUUAUUUGAGGAACUUCCUAAAGGAGAUUAUAUCAUAGAAGAACUUGCAGAAUCUCUUAAACUGAUUGAUACUGGUAAACAAUGCAGUGCAAGUUCAAUCCUCAGGAGUCUGAACAUGUCUAAUGAGAUUGUGCCUGAAAAGGAGAGAGAAUAUCCAGACGUCAUUGACUCAUUAAAUAGCCCUCAUAAACAAAGUCUUGCAUCACUGGACGAAUCUGUGACCGAAGUGAGGGAACAAGCAAAAGAAAUUAAGUCUGCGAAAGCUACUACAGAAGUUUUGAAAGAAGAGGGGGUUGUUGAUAGUGGCCUUGUGCUUUUGGAGCUCUUGAAGCCAUUGAAAAGAAGUCAGGUUUGGCUCCAAGAAGUACUGGCAUGGGAAAGGCCAGGUGCCACCAUGAACUUGAUUGCUGCUAUUCUCUUCAUAACCUACAAGGAGUGGAUCGGGAAGGCGUUGGCUACUAUCCUGUUAUGGGCAACCUAUGAAAUGUUGCGAGCAAGACAACGAAGGAUAGGAGACAAGUACAAUAAAGUAGUCGUGCGCACUGCCUCGGAUCAGACUGCGAUGGAGAGCAUUGUUUCAGCACAGAAAGGGCUACAAAACGCUCAUGAUUUGGUUCAGCACGUCAAUAUUGCAAUACUUAAGAUCUACUCUAUAUUGGUUUCUAGGGCGCCCAAGCAAGCGAACACAGUGAUGAUGAUUAUGGUCGGAAUUGCAGUGAUUGUAGCUCUGAUUCCAUUAAAGUAUAUUAUCAUGACGGCCACCCUUUAUCUCUUUGCAAUGAACUCGCAAGUUUACAAGAACUUCAUGGCAAGCGACAGUGGAAAUCGUCGUUUAAAGGAAUGGUGGGACUCCAUUCCUGUUAUUCCUGUGGAGUUGGUGGACGAGCCAGAAGAAUAAAGAGCGUUUGUUAGUAUGUUAGUUUUAAAAGGUUUAAAAGCGGUUCACUUUGGAGCUCAACUCUUCAUAUGUUCCCACUUCCACUCAUUUUGCAUCAUAUCGAAUUAUGAUGUUAAAGAGUUUUCUCUCGACUCGAAAUAAGGGGGACAGAGGAGUAAUACUCUUUAAGUGAGGAGUACAUAUCAAUAAGAACUCCUUUCUUAUUCACUGCAAACUCAAGAUAUAUGUAAUUGCUAUGUAGUUGUAGUUAUAUGCAUUUUAAUGUAACAUGCUCCUGAAUCUCUGUUUAAUGUUGUUACUAUUACACGCCAAUUCACUAGGAGAGAAAAGCCAGAUAUUAGUUUCACAUACAAAGGAGAAACAUAAAAAUGAAGGUAGAUUAAUUAAAGAAUUGUGAAGACCAAUAAUUAGAAUGGGGUACCAUGUUGAAUAAAUUUUUGGAAAAAUUACUAAAAUUUACCUAAUGUAAACUCUGUUAUAUGCAUUUGUUUGUUAUAUUUAUUUUCAGCUGGUCUCCUAGAGACCGUUUCUUAGAGAGAUGUCUCUCAGGUCUAUCCAGUAAAGUUUGAUACCUACUCUUGUCUUCUUAUUUUAUAUUUUUUUAUUGGCCGAUUCAAUUAGAGAUAGUUUUUUAAAGAGAUCGUUUCCCACAAAAAUUUAUGGUUCAUUUUACUUUUCUUUAACAAUUCAAUCUACCCCUUUGUAUUGGCUAUUGGUGCAUUUUGUUCUCGGACCGUGGAAAAUGGGUUGUUCCAAAGAGACUCCUCAAAUAGAAGCAAGUGUCAGUUGGUGAAAGUUACUAAA